UAGUACGUCCGCUUUGGUUUGGCUCUCAGAGACAUCGGCCGCGCCGGCAGAGCUGCUACGGAGACAGAUUCGAGGAUGGCGACUGCGAGGACUGUGAAAGACGUCUCUCCUCAUGACUUCGUCAAGGCUUAUUCUGCCCACCUCAGGCGAUCUGGAAGGAUGGAACUUCCACAAUGGGUUGAUAUUGUGAAAACUGGUACACUCAAGGAACUUGCUCCGUAUGACCCAGAUUGGUACUACAUCAGAGCCGCUUCCAUGGCUAGAAAAAUUUAUUUGAGGCAAGGCCUUGGAGUUGGUGCUUUCAGGAGGAUUUAUGGUGGGAGCAAGAGGAAUGGAAGCCGUCCUCCUCAUUUUGGUAAAAGCAGCGGGAGUGUUGCUCGCCACAUUCUUCAGCAGCUGCAGAAGAUGAAUAUUGUUGAUAUGGACCCAAAAGGUGGAAGAAGAAUCACGUCCAGUGGACAAAGAGAUCUUGACCAAGUAGCUGGCCGCAUUGUUGUAGCACCUUGAUAGAUGAAUUAAUGAGCUUUUCUACUUUACAUGUCAAUUUUGAUAAUAUGUAGGCUCUUUUAUGUUUUCCAUUUCCCUAUUUUGCUUCAAGCUUGUGGAAGAGAUGUCCUUGGAUGUUUUAUUAGACAAUCUGUCUUGACUCCCGAGUUUUUUCUAGACAAGUUGUACUCCUGUUCUUAAAGGUUCACCUAUUGCUUAUAUUACUCUAUUUUAUA